GAUAAUUCACUUCUUGGAAACUGCAAGCAAAUUUUUUACAUUACCACCUGCCUCACCUGUUCAUUAUUAUACGCUUGCGUCAUCAGUCAAUUAAAUUGAAGGCGCUACCUGUUUGAAGUCAGAUACGCACGUGUCAAAAACGUUUCUUUUUGAAUUUAAUCAUUUGAAGUUUACUUUGAACCAUGGCUCCGUUGGAAAAGAUCUUCUUUGUCCUACAGUGGAUUCUGAGGAUGAUUUUGACGUUUCUCAAAUCAACUCUUGGAAAGUUGAUUGAUAUCGAUAGAAGAACCGAUGAACCACCUUCUCCCAUGGGACUGCCUGUGGUUGGCACUCUUUUCUCUCUGAUUGCUGCUGGCGGCGGCGAGUACUUGCAUUUGUACAUUGACAAACGCCACACACAGUUGGGAAAAAUAUUCAAAGAGGCUAUAGGACCCGUUGAUGCUGUAUUCGUGUCCGAUCCAAAACUUAUCAAGACAAUCUAUUCACUUGAAGGAAAGCACCCGAAACAUUUCCUGCCAGAGCCUUGGGUCUUGUACAAUGAGAAAUAUGGCAGUAAAAGAGGACUUUAUUUCAUGGAUGAUGAAGAAUGGAGAUUGCAUAGGAGAAUUUUGAACGAGUCUCUAUUGCGAUCUGAUCCGAAUGCGGGCUUGGAAGAUGUCCAUGACCAUAUUUUGUCAAAAUUUAUCAACGACUGGCAAAAGCACAUCAACAAUGAGUUUACGGUUGACGAACACUGCUUCUACAAACUAUCUAUAUCAUUUUUUGUUGCGUCGAUGAUGGGAUCGACGUAUCUAGACUAUGAAAAAUUGUUCCAAGAAGACAUUGAGGAGCUUGCGUCAUUCAUCCAUCUCAUUUUUGUUGAAAGCUGUAAUCUGCAAUUGCUGCCUGCUAAGUUGUCGGCAUUCUUGAAUUUACCGGCUUGGAGAAGAUUCGUCGAUUAUGUCAAGUCGGCACUUGAUUUAGGCAAAGUUUUGACAGAGACGAUGAUGGAGAAGUGUGAUGAGAAUAGUUUUCUCGCAAAACUGAUGAAUGAGGACAUCCCAAAAGAUAAUGUUGUCAGAGUCGUAGUCGAUCUGAUUCUUGGAGGAAGUGACACGACGUCGAACACAAUUCACUGGAUUGCCUACGAGUUGGGAAGAAAUGUUGAAGUACAGAAUAAACUCGCUGAAAACACCAACAACGCAUCACUUGUGCGAGGCAUUGUUCGCGAAACUCUGCGCCUCUACCCAGCCGCCAUUUUCAUUGCUCGAUCACUUUCCGAUGACGCAAUCAUCGGCGGAUAUCGUGUACCUGCUAAGACAUGGCUGGUGAUGUCCUCCUACACCAGUGGACGUAACCAAGAAUAUUUUCCAAACCCAGAUGAGUUUUGGCCUGAACGAUGGCUGAAGGAUGAGACGAAGCCGUCUGGGUACACCGGUGUCCUGGAUGCGUCGGCCUCUACGCCCUACGGAAUGGGAUUGAGAAGUUGUAUUGGCAGACGAAUGAGUGAAGCUCUCAUGACCUUGUUUGUCAAAAAGAUUGUAACCAAUUUCCAUCUUGUAUCAACCUGCGAAACUGAUAUUAUUCUGAGACUGGUUCCUGUUCCGAAAACUCCGGUGCGACUUCUAUUGACCGAAAGAAAGUAAUGCAAGUCAUAUUCGAUAUUUUUAUUUCAGGUUUUACUGUAUCAUUAUUUUAUUAUUCACCUUAUUAUUUUACAUAAGUUUUAUUGUAGAUUACGGGUUUUAUUUUGAUAUAGGAUCCAAAUAAGAAGUUUUAUUCUCAGGUCUUAAUAAGUUACAUUUUUUUCUAUGGUAUAUUUUCUGGUGCUAGAGACCGUACUAAAUGGUUGAAAAAGAAAAGAUAUGGUGCUACAAGUUGAAAUCAAAGUCUUUGAAAUUUGUACCAAACUUUUUUCCAUAACUCUUAUGAAAGAAUUCGACUACAUAAUUUGUUACCGUAUUCAGCGCCGAUAAACGACUGAAACAGAUUUUAUAGAUUAAUAAUGGAAAUCAAGAUGAAAAAUAUAUGUGCGAUAGUUAUAUUAUUCACGUCUGACAUCUCAAGAUAAACUAUUAAAUAUGGAUAAAUUUGUCCAUGCAUAUUUUUUAUUCUGAUAUUAUACUUCAAUGACUGAUUAUUGUAAACCGAACUUUCUUGACUGAAAAAUGAACGAUCCAUUCAGGGAUUUUCCUUCUCAUUAGUACUGAUAAAUAAUAUAAGUAGAUUUCUGUGUUAGAUAUUAGAAACUGAUUAGCAGAAGUGAAAUGCCUCCAACAAUACUGUAACGCUAUGAUUAUUCUACGUACUUACUCACCAUUUUCAAUUAUACUGGUUGAUCUCUUAUUGUUAUCCUAGUCUCUUAGAAAAUUUUCAGAAGAAUGUAUCUUCAAAUUGUAUCAGGAUGACCAAAUAUGUAGUGACUGAGCCUGCAAUCUGAUCAUAAAAAUAUUUGUCUCACAAUAUUAUACUGAGGUGUAUUAAUCUAUAAUGUUAUCACAUCGUACAGUAAGCUUCAUCAAUAUAAGCAUUGAGACAUAGAAAAUAUUUGCUUCCUUUUUAUAGUGAAUAAAGUAUAAUUUAAUGAAUCAUAGCAAACCUUUUCAAGACUUGACCGAUUUCAAAAGCUUUUUCACAUCUACCUCGAUUACAAAUAUCUCAACUAUUCAAAGAAGAAAUAAUAUUCACAUAGAUAAAUACAUACUUCAUAAGCCUUAUUAGUAGUAGGAAGCAUAAACAUAUACGAUUGGUAGUUUUAGGUUUUUCGUCAUGUUUUAUCUCGACUGGUACUGUACUGUACAUUUGAAUGCCAUGACAAACUCAAUAGCUUUUAAAUGUUAAUUCAUCACCUUUUUUAUAGAUAAAAGGCAAAAUAAUAUUUUUGUAACUUGUAGGUAUUUUAAAAUUUUAUAUAAUAGAAAAAAGAAUAAAUUUUUAAAUAAUCUUAUAUGUGAUUAGUGAUUUUCAUUUAUCAUUAAAAGUAAGAGUCUCUAAUAUUAUCAUUAGCUUAUUAUUUCAUAUCCACCUGAAGAUUUUCUAUGUAUAAGUUACUAUUUUUAAAAUUAAUUAUUAGAAAAAAGACUAAUUCUCUUUGUAUUAGUAAUCGUAAUGGAACAAUAUGUAUUAGAUGUUCCACUCUUUGUAACUUGAUUUUAUUAAUAUACUUUAUAUAAUGCAUUUUAAAAUAAAAACUGAAAAUUAAACCAU